GGCGCAAUGUUGUCUUCGGUGGCUACGCUCCCGGCUCCUGGCCGAGACCUGGGGAUGGAGCCUUUCGGCGCCGCGGGACCCUUGCAGCUGCGCUUUUCGCCCUACGCCUUCAACGGAGGCACUGUGCUGGCAAUUGCUGGAGAAGACUUCUCAAUUGUUGCUUCUGACACUCGACUGAGUGAAGGUUUCUCCAUUCACACCCGGGACAGCCCCAAAUGCUACAAACUGACGGACAGGACCGUCAUCGGCUGCAGCGGUUUCCAUGGCGACUGUCUCACGCUCACUAAGAUCAUUGAAGCAAGGCUAAAGAUGUACAAGCACUCCAACAACAAGGCCAUGACGACUGGGGCCAUAGCCGCCAUGCUGUCCACCAUCCUGUACUCCCGGCGCUUCUUCCCCUACUACGUCUACAACAUCAUCGGCGGGCUCGACGAGGAAGGGAAGGGGGCCGUGUACAGCUUUGACCCAGUCGGAUCCUACCAGAGAGACUCCUUCAAGGCUGGAGGCUCGGCCAGUGCGAUGCUGCAGCCGCUGCUCGACAACCAGGUCGGAUUCAAGAACAUGCAGAACGUGGAGCAGGUCCCGCUGACCCUGGACAGGGCCCUGCGCCUGGUGAGGGACGUCUUCAUCUCUGCUGCUGAGCGGGAUGUGUACACGGGGGACGCACUGCACAUCUGCAUUGUCACCCAGGAGGGCAUCCGCGAGGAGACCAUGCCCCUGCGGAGGGACUGA